AUGUUCCUGUCAGUCCCGGCUCAAGUUCCUGCUCCAGCUCUGAGGCUUCACGUCCCGGCCCCGGCUUCACGUCCCGGCCCCGGCUUCACGCCCCGGCUUCACGCCCCGGCCCCGGCUUCACGCCCCGGCCCCGGCUUCACGCCCCGGCCCCGGCUUCACGCCCCGGCCCCGGCUUCACGUCCCGGCCCCGGCUUCACGUCCCGGCCCCGGCUUCACGUCCCGGCCCCGGCUUCACGUCCCGGCCCCGGCUUCACGCCACGGCUUCACGUCCCGGCCCCGGCUUCACGUCCCGGCCCCGGCUUCACGUCCCGGCCCCGGCUUCACGUCCCGGCCCCGGCUUCACGUCCCGGCCCCGGCUUCACGUCCCGGCCCCGGCUUCACGUCCCGGCCCCGGCUUCACGUCCCGGCCCCGGCUUCACGUCCCGGCCCCGGCUUCUUACGUCCCGGCCCCGGCUUCACGUCCCGGCCCCGGCUUCACGUCCCGGCCCCGGCUUCACGUGCCGGCCCCGGCUUCACGUGCCGGCCCCGGCUUCACGUGCCGGCCCCGGCUUCACGUGCCGGCCCCGGCUUCACGUGCCGGCCCCGGCUUCACGUGCCGGCCCCGGCUUCACGUGCCGGCCCCGGCUUCACCUGCCGGCCCCGGCUUCACGUGCCGGCCCCGGCUUCACGUGCCGGUUACACCCCCCCGGUCCUUCCUACGGUCCCCCUCCUCCCUCCCUGGUUUUGUUUUUGGGACGUCUGGGAUCCGUCCCUUGA